UUAAAGAUAGCUUGCUCAUCUCAAAUCGUUUCUUAUGAAUCCCAUGUUGGGCGUGGUACUAACUUGCAAUUUAUGAAUCUGUGUGUCAAAUCAUCUAUUCUAUUUUCAUUAUAAAAGUUAAAAUUGUGUGUCUCCUAAUCCAUUUUUCCAUUCAUGAUCUCAACAUGACACAAUAACAUCUUGUGGUGUUUGAAUGAGCGGGGUUAACUGCAAAGUGCCCCAAUGCACGCUUUUUUGCACAGUCUAUCACAGAGAUCCAUUAUAUAAAGUACUUCCACUACCACGAUUUAUAUUCCUGCUAGAAAUUGGAGCAUUGGAAGGUGGACUGGUUCAACGAAAAAAAGAAACUGGUUGGCGAAAUUCUGGCUAUACGAGUAGAAUGAAUGGGUCAUGUUCUAUUUUUGGUCAAAGUGAUGUAAAAGUAAGAACAUUGAAAUUACAAGUUGUUGGCUUAAUCUGCCAAUUUGCUGUCGUCCCUACCAUAAAUAAGAUCUCAGAAUAGUUUUCCCUGGACAGGCACAUUUUCUUGAUGCUCAAACAGUUUUUCUCCAUCUAACUUCAAUUGUCUUAUGUAUGGUAAUAAUUCCAGAAUACAGUAUUUCGAUCUGUAUAUUUUCAUUUAGAUCUGUUAUGGACAGAUAUUUACUCGUCUCAUUUGGUGUAGUAAUUUGAGAUACCACAUGGCCAGAUAGCGAUGAGGCGUCAGAUGGAACUCGCACGGCACGUGGUACCACAGUUUAGAUUCAAAAUGUAACAUAACCGGCAACUCCACCAUGUGGCAUUCUAUUUUUUCAUUAUAUUUACAAACUAAGUAAUUUUGAAUCAAUG